AUGCCAGGAUGCGCACCCGUGACUGACGCCCUGCCACACCAAGACGCUACCCUUGGGGAAGUGUCUCUUGCAACUAAUAGUACCGCUCAAGGACCUGUCGCGAACGAAACAUCUCCGCCAAAAAGCGAACCUCCCAGGACGGCCCCAGAGUCGUUCGAGCAAGAUUCUACUCGAUUUCAAAACCACCCAGCAUCCCAAUCGAAGGCUGUGGUUGCGUCUUCCAAUUUCGUCUGGUAUCGCAACGCCGCUGUACAUACACUACCACCUAGCAAUGCGGAAGAAUUCCAGAAGAUUUAUGACCGUCAGCCCACAAAUCAAGAGCUUGUCAGCAAGAUCGGCAGCGCCGCAAUCGGUCGCUAUGUGCCGGGACCGUCAUCUAACCCUCACGAUAUCGUUUCCAGUAAGCCAUUCGCUAUCCCGACCGUCCCGGAACGAUGCCCAAACUAUGCAGACUCUUCUUUCCAGACCAGUGACAUUGCGCAAUGUAACAACGCUUUAUUGCGGGCAAAGGUGAAGGCAUCACUUUUGGUCAACAAACAAGGUGACGCUGCUCGAGCUGCAGGGUUCAGAGUGUGGUCUGAAUCAAGAGAUGAGUACAUCGUACAUUCAGAGCAGUUGCCGAUCAACGUUCAGUUCGACGCCCAAGGUAACGCAAUCGGUACGAACGUUGAUGGCUACUCAUUGCCCAAUAUUUACGGUGAAGAAAUCAGCACCAGCAAGGAAGCCAAAGACUAUGCCUCCGGCGCUGGUAUGACUUCCACCCCGCUGCCUCCGCCACUGCUACCGCUGGUUCAUGAUCCCGUCAACGAGGUGAGCGCUCCUCAGCGCAUUCGCGCUCUCGAGCCUCACGUGCCGAACGACAAGUCUGAUCCGGCACCAAUCGAAUGGUACGGCUAUAUCGAGUGCAUCCCGGUACAGAAUACCGUGAGAACUGAUGGUGAAGAAGUUGAACAGGAAAAGCCUAGUGGUUCAAGGGUGAGCGACCAAAAAGUCGCGAGAGAGGAGCGGGGUAGAUCGGGCGAAGUUGAAGAGAGGGAAGAGACCAUGAUGGUGAUAGGCGGCGAGAGAUUCGCAGAUAAAUACAUCGUGUAUGACGCAACAGCGUCGACUCAUUCAAGUUCUACGACGACAUUUGAUGCAAACUCUGAUAUGAGCAAGAAGCGAAGGUUAGAGGACGAGUGGGAGAUGAAGAUGUCCACAAGCUCACCCAAGCGCACAAAAACUUCACCAAAACUUGCGAAUUGUUUAGACCUCGCAACAAGUUCCCCUGGAGACUGCUUUGUUCGACAUCAAGGCCAAUCCGCUGAGAGAAACGACGCAAAAGGUUCUCAUAUCGACUAUGGGGAGAUUGGUGGAGAAGAAACACCGCACAGGGCUCAUGAGGACAAAGUAGGCGCCAGAGGCGAGCAGAGUGAUUCUAACCGAUCAGCGCAACGUGAGUUCAGACGUCGAAGUCGCUCUCCCAGCGGCGGCCGCGUCGUUCGUUAUAAAUCCAGAAGCAGCGUUGAACGUCGACCUGAGGACCCGCACGAAGAGGAGCAGCAACGCCAUAACGCGGCACACGAGGGAGAAGAUGGCUCACCAACACAUUGUGGGUAUCCGAGUGAGCAGAGUCGACCAGGAGAAGGAAAAGAAAGCGGCGAACAACACAAGGCCGUGACUAGGAUGGUGUCAACGUGCAAGCAGGAAGACAAUCGUCGAGUACAGCGCGUGCAGCGCAUCGAAGAGGAAGAGUCUGCGGAACACCAGAAACGGGAGGAAUCAGAAAUCCAGCGCGCACGUGCAGCCAAGAACCAACGAAAGCUGGAGAUUGGAGAGAGAAAGCGAGCGCAAGCAGCAAGUCGCCAACGUCAGGAAGCAGAAGACAGAGCCCGACGCUACCGAAGCGACCACUCACGCGCCAAGAGUAAAAGAGCACGCCGGCAGACAGCGAAGCAGGACGUCGAGCCAUCUGAGCCGAUUGACCCAUAUGCAGCGGCACGACAGGCCGAGACCAAGCGAAGAGAGCUUGCAUUUGCAGCGCGUGGAACUGAAGAGGCUGAUAGUCGUACGCGGGAGUGGCCUCCUGCCCGUAACGACGGUCCUGGUCGACUAGACGUGGAGCGAUCGAAGCCAGAAAAGAAGGUUGAAGAGAGGAAAGUGACUAAGUCGAGACCGAGCCGGACUGCGAGAGGUGAACUCGAGCGGUAUGAUCCGAGGAAGAGAUUUAGAGGUGGCAAGUAG